UGGCCGACACUUCUGGAACAAGGCCCGGGAAGUGCGGGCGGAUCCCCGGCUCGGGGCUCUGCGGGACGCGCCCGCCUCAGCCGUUGAGGGCGGAAGUAACGGCCGGCGGAGCCCCGACCCCGACAGCCGGGACACGGCCGACAAGCAGGAAACUCCGGGCGCGAGGCCGCUAGGCCCCGGCGGCGCGGCGGCGGCGGCGGGAGGCGGGCCUCGCGUUCCUUGGGCAGCUGAUUGGUCGGCUUCCGACGGUGGCGACAGCGGCGGCGCGUAACUCGCCUCAGGUUCCGGAAUGAUGGAGGAGCUCAGUCAAGCCCUGGCCGGCAGCUUCUCUGUAUCUCAGGAUCUCAAUAGCACAGCUGCCCCACACCCCCGCCUAUCCCAGUACAAGUCCAAGUACAGCUCCCUGGAGCAGAGCGAACGGCGCAGGCGGCUGCUGGAGCUGCAGAAAUCCAAGCGGUUGGAUUAUGUGAACCAUGCAAGGAGGCUGGCUGAAGAUGACUGGACAGGAAUGGAGAGUGAGAACGAAGAGGAGACGAAAAAUGAGGAAGAAAUGGAUGUUGAUCCUAGCAAGAAGCUGCCAAAACGCUAUGCUAAUCAGUUGAUGCUCUCAGAGUGGCUGAUUGAUGUUCCUUCAGAUUUGGGACAGGAAUGGAUUGUGGUCGUGUGUCCCGUGGGAAAAAGAGCCCUCAUUGUGGCCUCGAGGGGUUCCACUAGCGCCUACACCAAAAGUGGCUACUGUGUCAACAGGUUUCCUUCCCUUUUGCCAGGAGGCAACAGGCGGAACUCGACGACAGCCAAAGAUUACACCAUUCUGGACUGUAUCUACAGUGAGGUGAACCAGACCUACUAUGUGUUGGAUGUGAUGUGCUGGCGCGGCCACCCAUUCUAUGACUGCCAGACCGAUUUCCGGUUCUACUGGAUGCAUUCGAAGUUGCCAGAAGAAGAAGGGCUGGAUGAGAAAACCAAGCUGAAUCCCUUCAAGUUUGUGGGGCUGAAGAACUUCCCUUGCACCCCCGAGAGUCUGUGCAAGGUGCUGUCCAUGGAGUUCCCUUUUGAGGUAGACGGCCUUCUCUUCUACCACAAGCAGACCCACUACAGCCCCGGGAGCACGCCCCUGGUGGGCUGGCUGCGCCCCUACAUGGUGUCGGAUGUGCUCGGGGUGGCCGUGCCGGCCAACCCGCUCACCACCAAGCCCGAGUACGCCGGACAGCAGCUACAGCAGAUCAUUGAACACAAGAAGAGCCACAAGGAAGCCCUCCAGGAGGAAUGCACACACAGAGCUGCUGAGAAUGGGCGCUAUGAGCUGGAGCACCUGUCCACACCCACGCUGCAGAGUCCUCCCCUGAGCCCAGACAGCCCUGGGAGCCUCAUGGAGAACUGAAGGGGCCCCCCAAUAGCCCCAGGAUAAUGCCCAGCACUGGCAUUGCAGCAGGUGGAGCUCACAUGAGUGACAGAUCCUGGACCUUUGUGCUGAUAGCCACCUGCCUUCUCUCUGAAAUGCUGGCUCAGCAGCAAGGAGGACCCGAAUGAGGAUGACAUUCAGGUGGCCCACCCAGACUCGUGAUGUAAAUACAGGAGAUUCUUAAGAACGGGGCUGUGUGAGUCUUUGGCUUUAGACAGCCACAGGUCUUCCCCAGCUCCCCUCCCUGCAGGCUCUGAACCGUGACUAUGCUAACCUUGGCCUGCAUCCCUCUCUCUCAGAACACUCAGACCUGCUGCUGGGUUUCCAAUAGCCUCUGCUGCUAACGUCAUUUUCUGAAAGGUCUUACCAGGAAGUGCAGUUCUGGGUAUCUCAAAGUGUUCUCGCUUCUGAGAAGACAAGUGUGAUUUUCUUUGGUUUAGACGCUGCCGGAGAUAAAGUGCACACAGAAUCCAUUGGGUCCUCUGCGGAUGUGUCAGUUGGUGAUGGGCCUGCCCCUGCUGCUGCACUACCCCCGCCCCAAGGUUGCAGUUUGGUGCUGAGGUGACAGGGCUGAGUCCCUGCCCUUGAGCUUACAGGCAGCCCGGCAGCAUGCAACUGCAGGGUGGCGAGGUGACUGCUCUGGGGCAGGAUGUGUACAGAGCUGGGGCGAUGGGUGGGAGGAGAAGUAUAGCCAGGUCGAGGCUCUGUGGGGUCCACUGCAUUCCCUGCUGGCCCAGCACAGAGGAAUCUCCCCAGGGCUAGGCCCAUGCGCAGCUGUGCAUGGAAACCGAUGCAGGGUUCACAUUUCUCAAGUGUGUGAAGGAGGACGAAGAGAGCUGAAAGAGGAGGCUGGUGUGAGAUGAUAGGUUGACGGAAAGGAGUCCAGUGAGAGCCCUGGACAGGCAGGAGGCCUCCAGAACCCUGAACUUGAUCAAGCCCGUUGGCUGUGAUGGGAGAGAGGGCAUCCAAAAGGAACCACACCAUUUCUGCUCGGUGAUCAGAGAGGUGUCCCGUGUCCUGUGCCCUCAGACUUUCCUACUUUCCUUGCUGGGACUUCUGGCCAAAAGUACAGAGGGCUCCAGGUCUGAUCUGCUGGACAUGCAGUUGUCCCGCCCUGUGUUGAUUCAUUUGGGGAGCAGAUCCGGUAGGAACUGUAGCUAAAAGGGCCUGGUUGUGCCACUUGAGCACGUCCAGGGCAACUGGCCCCAGUGUUGGCUCUUCCCAGAGCCGCUUGAGCUGACUCAGUAAAAUUGGAGAAGGAACAACCCCGGCCCCCGCCUUCCCACCCCGGCUGAUCCUCCUGGCUGCCAAUCCAAGCACUCGCCUCCAUUAGUAAGCUCUCUCCUAAAUUUAGGUCAACCCGCAGUAGCAACGUCACGCUCCCCCUGCCAAGGAGUGUGCUACAGGCUUCCCCAGACAUUGAAUGAGUGAGUGCUGACGACAGUGGACAGCAUCUGUUCUUGUGCUGGUGUCACUUUGUGACUCAGCCAGACUCAGAGAGGACAGCUUUCCCACAGGACACUCUGCAGGGACACAUGCCCGAGUCAGCAGGUGUCAGCCACAGGCCGGUUCUGCCAAAUGGCAAUUUAUAGGAAGGUGUAGAGUAGGGUCCUGUGUCUGUUGAACCCCCGAGCAAGGGACAGACAUUG